UCGUGGCUGCGCGCCGCCGCGCCAUCCGACCCCGCGCUCGCCUUGCCCGCCCAGGACCUCUGCCAGCUAUGGGGAGCUAUGAUCGAAGGCCUAUUGAACUGCUGCUGCAAGAGGAAGAACUUCCUUCAGAGCAUGAGUAAACAGCUGCCCGACUUUCUUUUGGUGGCUCUCACUGAACAUCCCGCAGCACUGGAAGCUCUGUGCCUGAUGCUGGAGUGGGAGGUGGCGUGCGGCGAACAGACGCAGCUGGAGAUCAUCGCCGCGCUGCAGGCCACUGAACUCGGGCACAAGUACUACAAGGAGCUCUGCGAGCGACAGCGCAAUCUGCAAAAAUUGCAAUCGGUAGGCGGUCCGCGUCAGAUGGCGCUGCCGGUGCGCGCGACCGACGCGGACCUGUCGGCGCUGCUGGGCUCCGGCGCGCUCGGCAACCUCGAGUGCCUCUCACUCGCCUUCACCUGCGUCACCAGCGCCUGCGCACACGACCUCAUCAAGUUGCCGUCGCUGCGGUAUCUGAACUUGUGGGCAACGAAGUUCGGCGACAGCGGCGUGCAGCUGAUCGCCGAGCACCUGCCGCGCCUGCAAGUCCUUAACCUCUGUGAGACGCCCGUCUCCGACAAGGGAAUAGAAGCACUCAUUGGACUACCCAGUUUGAGACGGUUGAAUCUGAACAGCACGAAACUGUCAGCGGAGGCGUUUGAGACAGUGCGGCGGCGCUUGCCUCACCUGCAGGAGUACGAUGUGCGGUACACAGAGGCCUGGUGACGACAGCGCGCCGCCGCCCGCCCCGCCGCCCGCACCGCUCGCCCCCUGCGCCCCGCUCGCCCCGCCACAGAUCGCACCGCCAAGCAAUUUACGCUUAAACCACCAGCAUACUAUUAUGGCAAGCUUAAAACCUUUUACAAGACAUCUAUAAAAUUUUAAUAUGUUAAAACAUGUUAAACACUUCAUUCAAUGCAUAUUUAAAUAUGUAACGUGAUUAUAACAGCAAAUGAAGUGCGCCAAGCGUACAAUACUCUGCUUCCCACCUAUUUGUUUAAAUGUUGCCCGACUUUGCCAACAACAAGUAUUAAUCGAUUAGAAUGUAAUAUUUAGGUUUAGAAGACUGUAAUUUACUUGAAUUAUCGUAUUAUUUAGUUUAGUUUACGCGUAUUAUUUUUUCCUAUAAUUAUCGUUCUGUAAUAUAAUUGGUAUUUAAAUUAUUAUGACCAAAUUUUGUUAUUGUACUAAACAUUCUUUAUUUAUCUCUCCAGUUAAAAAAAUCUAGGUUAGAUGCUACUACAUUUGGGAUAUAAAAAUUUACAACCAGUAAAUAAAUUUCGGUUCGGUUUUAUUAGAUCUAAGUAUUGUAUAAAUAACCCAGUUUGUAAAUAGCCUAUUGGAACUAAAUCCCCUGAAUAGUCGGGCACAUACAUGUUGGGUUAUUAUGUACUUUGAAAUAUGCAUUUAAUAUUAGUCAGAUAGAAAGUGUGGUCUUGGAAAACUCACCAUCUACACUUGGGGUUGUCGUGAAAAUGUACUUAAACAUGAAAAAAACUAAUACAGGUCGGGAACACACAAUAAAGUUUUUCUAAAACUAAAGUUUUUCUAAUAUAUGAGGUUGACAACUCCUAUACAUAAAGGCCUUCUUUUAUAACAUUAUUUCCAAUAUAAUACAAGCAAUCCAAUAUUCAUUUCCCACCUUCUUGCUAGUGUCACUUUUAUUUAAUGAGAUGUGUAUGAUUGGUUAUGUAUGAUGUAUAUUAUUGCAUUUAUAUGUAUUAAUGAUACGCUUAAAUUAUAUGUAAAACAGUAUUUUUAAUCUUACUGUAAAUGUAUUGGGCUGUGAGCAAAAAUGUUGACCAGAAUGUACACGUGAUGGAAAGUUGAUUUUGAAUACUAGCUGUUUGGUAGUAAUUAGUCUAUUGAAUUAAGUAUUUUAAGGCAUAGGAAUAAUCGUUUUUUUAAAUAUUUAUAAAUCUCAUUUCAAUCUUUUUUCCAUAAAGUAGAAAACAAAUAUUGGUUUUAAUGUUUAAAAACAAAAAUUACGGUUCUAAAGUAAACUUCUUGUAAUUUAAUCAUUAAAUUGGAUCUCGUAAAGCGAACGCAUCGAGAGCCUAUAAUAAAAAUUAAGUUUUUCUGGAUUUACCAUUUUUUUUUACAAAAAGUGAAUUAUGUGCACUUUUAUUCUUAGAAAUAAUAAAAAUUAAAUGUUGCCAUAUUUUCCUUGAGUUAAUAUUUUUAACUUUUACUUAAUCUAUGAGGAGAAGUGUUAACAAGUGAAAAAAUAACUGUAUGUUUUUAAAUAAUAAUUUAAAGAAAACAUAUAAAUAACCACUUAGAUUAAUAAUUAAGCAAACCAUAAUAGAUUAAAGGAAAGAGUUAAAAAUAGUGUCUAAUAUUUUGAUUCCAAAACAAAAAAAACUUUCGUACAUUACGCUGAGACAAUGUAUUGAAAGGCUUAUUUAAAUGUAUCUCAUCUAUAAUUAUAAAGAACCCGUCAUUUGAUUUGGCACAUCGGGAACGAGAGUGCUGUACUAGUCGACGUGCCAAUUCAAGUGACGAUAUACAUAUACUUAAAAUUUAGACGCUACUAGAGGCGUUAGUUUUAAGAUAUACUUCAACAAGUCUGAGCUCACGAUUAUAAAUGUUACAAUGAAAUUAUACAACUACGAAGUCAAUGCAGCCAUGUUUUUGUCAAUCGACCAACUUAUCAGGUUUCUCGUUGGAUCGUUCGGCCUAGCGAUCAAUCCGUCUAAUAGGAAUAAUUGAUUUUAUAAACUCUAUGGACAAUGGGAUUUUUUUUCCUAUUAGGCAGAUUAAUCGGUAGGUCGAUAGGACAUUGGGAAAUCACCUAACAUAUUUAAAUCAAAUUCUUACUCUGAACUGUGAAUUCCCACUGCCGAGGCAACUAGGUAAAAAACAGGAUUGGAUGGUUGGAAAUGUUUUCAUAGAGUUUGUAUCGGUAGUGACAUACGGUUAGCAAAAGAUGACAAUCCGGCAUACUGUUAUCUGUAUUUGUUGAUUAAAAGAUAAGUGUGUGAAUGUUUCAUAUUAGAUAGGAUCUUGUAAAAAAUAAACACCAUUUUUGUCGUCACUUCAUUAAUAUAUCAUUUUCCUUAAAUCAUAAAAAUGAAAUAAUAACGCACAUUUAGACAAUUAUAUUUAUUGUGAAUUUUCAGACGAUUAAAAUAAAGGCUUGAACUUUGAAAGGAGCAAAGCAAGAGCAAGUGGUAGGAAAUUUUACACCAUUGUAGUGGAUAUUUGAAUCUAAACGCAUAAAAUUUAUUUCCAUCUAGAACCUUUACUUGAGAAAAACCUGGGGUAUACAGAGAGCCUAGUUCGAAUAUCCGUGAGAACGUUUUGUGACGUGACGUCAUAGACAAAAUUAUACAGCGCCCCUACCGGACGUAUAGUACAUCAACAAACACAAGUUGUGACAUUUCGUCGAUGACUUUAAGAAGGCGUGCGUCGUAAAUAUUCGUGCUAGGCCUAGGAUGAAGAGUACUGUUUUACCGCAGGGUUUCGUAACCCUUACCCUUAUUUCAAUUUAUCUCGUUUCAUAUAUUUUACAUAGCACUACAUUAGCAGUAAGCAUACCAGUAAAGAGGUAUAAGACUCAUAUUUGAUGUGAAUUUUUUAAUAAAACGAUAUAAAAUGA